CUCUCAGUCCUUCACCACCACACUCCAAGCUAGCUACCUGCCGGCGUCCGACGAUGUGCCAGAUCAAGCAGGAGCCGAGCUCCUGCGAGUCGGUGAGCUCCUCCGUCGCGUCGACCUCGACGCCGUCCCCAGCGGCCACGCCCAAUAAGCGCCCCGCGGGGCGGACCAAGUUCCGGGAGACGCGGCACCCGGUGUUCCGCGGCGUGCGCCGGAGCGGCCGCGCGGGGGGCCGGUGCCGGUGGGUGUGCGAGGUCCGCGUGCCGGGCCGCCGCGGCUGCAGGCUCUGGCUCGGCACCUACGGCGCCGCGGAGGCCGCCGCGCGCGCGCACGAUGCCGCCGCGAGACGCCUCAACGACGACGACGCAUCCUCCGCCAAGAGCGACGACGUGACGGCCUCGCCGUUCGAGUUGGACGACGUGCUCAGCGACAUGGGCGCGGGCCUGUACUACGCGAGCAUGGCGCAGGGGCUGCUCAUGGACCCGCCGGCGUCGGACGCGUCGUGCUGCGACGACGUCGACUGUGACGACGCUGCCGUGCCGCUCUGGGCGUACUGAAACCCAAGUCGAAUCCUGCGCUUGUACAUUUUGCUCUUUCCUUUUUUGGGUAUCCGCGCUGGUGUUGUACGUUUUGCUACUUUAGGUAAUGUGAAUAUUCCACGAUCUGUUUUA